CAUUUUACCGACAGCUGGUGUCCUUCCUUUACCAUAUGAUCGCAGUAUACGGUUGUUCCUUUCGGCGGUUAGAUACGUUUAUUUGGGCAGUGAAAAAUAUAGUUGAUCGAAAGCAAUUGAUUGGUGUUAUCAGUGCCGCCACUUUUGAAAUUCACGUGCGCAAUCGAGUACAUAAACAUUUCGUUACAACCGUUAAACGUUUCGUCGCCUGAUAUACCCUAGUGUGAAUUAUUAUAAGUUCUAUAGCAUAAUAACAUACCGUACAAUUAGUUCGAAUAUCGCGUGAACAUGCAGAAUCAUUGUGGAAAAUGCAGCCAAAAAUCAAAACAAGAAAACCAUGACGAUCCUGAUGAAGAAUAUGCUGAAGGCACCAGAUAUCCCGAUGGGUCAGUUAAGCUUAGAAACCCACAUAUCGAACUCAUGGAUCAAGAUAUCUUGUACCAUUUGGCCUUGGGUAGUGGAAGUCAUGACCUGGUGGAGAUGUUUAGAGACGUAAAGUUCGUCUGUAUGGGUGGUACGCCAAGACGUAUGGAGAUGUUUGCCUACUAUAUAAUGAAAGAAAUCGGAUACAAAUUACCAACAGGCACUACCCUCAUGGACAUCAGUCAGUACUCGUAUAGAUAUAGUAUGUUUAAAGUGGGGCCGGUACUAUCAAUCAGUCACGGAAUGGGAACGCCAUCUAUAGGAAUUCUGUUACACGAGACAAUCAAACUGAUGUACCAUUCCAAAGCAAAAGACCCGAUUUUCUUUAGAUUAGGUACAUGUGGAGGCUUGGGUGUAGAACCGGGUACAGUAGUUAUAUCCGACGAUGCUAUAGACGGAUUAGGAAAUCAUUCUUAUUCAGUGCCAAUAUUAGGAAAAGUUGUACAAAGACCUUGCAAAUUCGAUAAAAAAUUGACUAGAGAACUUAAAGCGUUGGCUGAUCCAGAAGACCCUUACGAGACAACCCUAGGAACCACAAUGUGUGCUGAUGAUUUUUACGAAGGACAGGGCCGAUGCGACGGGGCAUUCUGCGACUACAGCGAAGCGGACAAAUUGGAGUACCUCGAAGGCCUGAUGAAGAGCGGUGUCAAAAACAUCGAAAUGGAAUCAGUGCCUUUCGCAGCCUUAACCAAUCACGCAGGCAUCAAGGCGGCGGUUAUUUGUGUCGCGUUACUUAACAGAUUAAAAGGAGACCAGGUUUGUACUCCCAAAGAGGUUCUUAACGAAUACCAGCUACGUCCGCAAAUUCUAGUUGCGAGAUACAUAAAGAAAUACCUGCAGACCAAAGGGCGACUCUCGUCAUUUGAAGGGCACGGAUCCAUAUGUGUGAAAAGCCCGAGAAGAUUCAAACUGGUGCAACAGGAGUCGCAAACUUUCGAAUAAUACGUUUUUGGAAAAAUGUCACACACAGGUUUUUUUAUACGUUACACAAAUUUUGGCCACAAACUACUACAACGGUAUAUAUAACGUCUAUCCAAAGAGAAAAUGGAUGAUUUCAAUAGAUGAUAUCCACAAACUAUAACCAUUUACUUUUGAUCUAAAAAAUAAAUUUAAA